GUUUCCGGAAGUCUCUGCCGCCGGCACCGCCGUCUCUGCUGCUGCUGUCGCUUCUGCCGCCGCCGUGGCCGCCGAGUUCUGCGAGUAGAACGGUCCAGCGGACCGGGUUCCGGCCACUCUGCAGAAUGGAGAUAAUCAGGAGUAAUUUUAAGAGUAAUCUUCACAAAGUGUACCAGGCCAUAGAGGAGGCUGACUUCUUCGCCAUCGAUGGGGAGUUCUCAGGAAUCAGUGAUGGACCUUCAGUUACCGCGUUAACAAAUGGUUUUGACACUCCAGAAGAAAGGUAUCAGAAGCUCAAAAAGCAUUCCAUGGACUUUUUAUUGUUUCAGUUUGGCCUCUGCACUUUCAAGUACGACCACACAGAGUCAAAGUAUAUAACGAAGUCUUUUAACUUUUACGUUUUCCCGAAACCCUUCAAUAGAUCCUCACCAGAUGUCAAAUUUGUUUGUCAGAGCUCAAGCAUUGACUUCCUUGCAAGCCAAGGAUUUGAUUUCAAUAAGGUUUUUCGCAAUGGAAUUCCAUAUUUAAAUCAGGAAGAAGAAAGGCAGUUAAGAGAGCAGUAUGAUGAAAAACGUUUGCAGUCCAAUGGUGCAGGAGCUCUGUCGUACGUGUCUCCUAACACUUCAAAAUGUCCUGUGAUGGUUCCUGAGGAGCAGAAGAAGUUUAUUGACCAAGUGGUAGAGAAAAUAGAAGAUUUGUUGCAAAGUGAUGAAAACAAGAACUUGGAUUUAGAGCCGUGUACCGGGUUCCAAAGAAAACUGAUUUAUCAGACUCUGAGCUGGAAGUAUCCCAAAGGCAUUCACAUUGAGACUUUGGAAACUGAAAAGAAAGAGCGGUACAUAGUUAUCAGCAAAGUAGAUGAAGAAGAACGCAAAAGAAGAGAGCAGCAGAAACACGCUAAAGAGCUGGAGGGACUGAACGAUGCUGUGGGAUUUUCUAGAGUCAUUCAUGCCAUUGCUAAUUCAGGGAAACUUGUUAUUGGACACAACAUGCUCUUGGAUGUCAUGCACACGGUUCAUCAGUUCUACUGCCCGCUGCCUGCGGAUUUAAAUGAGUUUAAGGAGAUGACAACAUGCGUCUUCCCCAGACUCUUGGAUACUAAAUUGAUGGCCAGCACACAACCUUUUAAGGAUAUCAUUAACAACACAUCCCUUGCAGAAUUGGAAAAGCGGUUAAAAGAGACACCUUUCAACCCUCCUAAAGUUGAAAGUGCAGAAGGUUUUCCAAGUUACGACACGGCUUCUGAGCAGCUUCACGAAGCAGGCUAUGAUGCGUAUAUCACAGGACUGUGUUUCAUCUCCAUGGCAGACUACCUAGGUUCUUUUCUCAGUCCUCCAAAAAUUCACGUGUCUGCCAGAUCCAAACUCAUUGAACCUUUUUUUAACAAGUUAUUUCUUAUGAGGGUCAUGGAUAUCCCCUAUCUAAACUUGGAAGGACCAGACUUGCAACCUAAGCGCGAUCAUGUUCUCCAUGUGACCUUUCCCAAAGAAUGGAAAACCAGCGACCUUUACCAGCUUUUCAGUGCCUUUGGUAACAUUCAGAUAUCCUGGAUUGAUGACACAUCAGCGUUUGUUUCUCUCAGCCAGCCUGAACAAGUACAAAUCGACUCCAUCACGAAGUUCUUUCUUACCUUCUGUGCAUCACCACCGCCACCUUUGAAGGAGCCUGAACGAGCUGUGUCAGCACUUGGGAAACCUUUUUUGUUUGGUUUGGUUUUUCCAGCAGCUGCUUCAUUGACAGCUUUGAAGGACAGGUUAAAAUGUCAUCUAAAGCAUGGCCUCAGAGUCGGGGAGGUAAGGAUUCAAAUCCAGCUCUGUCUUUGGCAUAGUUCUAAAGCUCUCUCACCUUGUUUUCUCGUCUGUACGAAUAAAAAGACUUCUUACCUGUGGGGUUGUUUGGAGGGCAGAUUGGUAACACUCUGAAUUGUAGGUCACCAGCUCGAACUGGGUCCUAGUCAGUAACCAGUUCCAUGGCCUUUCCUGCUCUUUCUGUCCUCCCUAUCUCCAACUUGCGUGCUUUGGAGAAGACCCACCCGCUCCACCAUGGAAACAGCCAGCUUCCAGUUGCAGCUUCCUACCCCAGAUGCGCUAGCUGUCUGUUACUCACACCUCCCCUUUCUUCUUGCCUCCUCUCAGAUGGGUGUCCCCACAUGUGCUCUGGGUCUCAUCGUCUCUGGGCAGCUUUGUGCUCUCCCUUGUUUCUGUGCCCACCCACUGGCUUCUUUCCAACAGUGGGAACUCCAGCCCAUCUUAACAGAACCUCCCUGAGCCCAAGUUGCCUUCUCUCCUGGUGGUGUGUUCCCUUUUACAUGUUUAAGUUGUCUGCAUUUGCCACCCUUGUCCUCAUUCCAUCCUGCUGUGGCCCUCCCCACACUACUGAACUCACUCUUACUAAGGUCCCCAGUGACCUCCCUGCCUAACCCCACUUUUCCUCAUCUUGCCUGAUCUCUCAGGACAUUGAGCUGUUUUUCUGGAAGCAGUGUUUUCUUGAAUUCCAUGACACCAUACUUUCUAGGUUUGUCCUCCCCUUCUUCAGGCUCCUGUCCUGCUGGUCCCCAUCUCAUGUGAUAAUCGAAAUGUUGGUGUUCCUCAGAGUUCAGACUUAGGACUUCUUUUCUUACUCUAUGCUUUCUCCAUUAGCAAUCCCAUCUUCUCAGGGUUUAACUUACCUUCAUGUCAGUUAUUUCCAAAUGGCAUCUGCAUCCAAGCCCUGUGUGUCUCUCUACCUACCCACAUGUCCACUGGGUAUUCCCUUGGCACCUGAAAGCCAACAUCUCCCUCACUGCCAACUAAGUUCCACUCCCCUGCCUCUAGUCAGUAAGUGGACAACAUGUAUUGCUCGGGCUAGGACCUCUGCCACUUGUCCUGUAUUCUGCCCUGUUAUCUAUAUCCCCAUCGCCUCAAUCCUGAGUACCACUGGCUUUCUCUCCUCACUUAUUAUACCUGCCUCCUCCUGAUCUCCCUGAAUCUACUCCUGUACUUCCCCUUCAGUCAGAAUGAUCUUUUAGAAACACAUGUCUGAUCACUUCCUCCUCCUGACUAGAAGCCCUUCGGUGGUCCCCUCCACACUUAGUGGUGUGCCAGGCCCUCUUAGGGAGCAUGUCUUUGCUUGGGGGAGCUGUUCCCAUGCUCCAGGCUAGAUCACUCCCCCAUUGUCAACCCCAGAGCUCUCUCCUUCCAUUAACCUCAGCACACGUGUGCUCGCUGGUACACUGCCUCUCUCUCCAGUGAAUACAAGGACUCUGUCUCUCCAAUUCAUCCGCAUGGCCCUAGUUGCCUAGUCUUAGAAGAUGGUUUGUUUAUUCAUGAAUGAAUGGAUAGAUGAAUAAGUGAACAAAUAAGAAUUAAAUACAUUACUGCCUGUAUUCAUAAGCCAAUGGAUGGAUGAAUAAAUGAACAAGUAAGAAUUGAAUGCAUUUGUUUGUAAAGCAAAUAGCAUGGUUCUUGACAUAGAGUAAGUACUCAGUAAAUAGUGGCUUUAUUUAUUUUUAUUGACCUUGAAGCUAGUAACCAUGAAAAAAGAAAAAAAAAAAAAAUGAAAGAAAAAAACACCAGGCUGGUUAGUCAGAACAGUGUUCCUUAGUGACAUUAUUCAUUGAGUGUUAAGGCAGUUGGCUUAUGCCAUGGGAACUUAUAGCUUAAAUAACAGUCUCUUCCCCCUCACAGUGAACCUUUUAAUAUCUCAUAUUUAUUGUUUCCUCUCCUUCCCUCCUGGCUCUAAAAACAAAACCAAACCCAUUGCUGUUGAGUUGAUGACGACUCAUAGUGACCCCAUAGAACAGAGUAGAACUGCCCCAUAGGGUUUCCAAGGAGCGCCUGCUGGUUUUGAACUUUUGACCUUUCAGUUAGCAGCCAUAGCUCUUAGCCACUGCACCACCAGGGUUUCCCCUCCUGCCUCUACACAAGUUAAAAUCAUCAUGUCUCACCUAGGUCCUUGCCUAUGUAGUGUUCCUCCACCAAUCUAUUCCUUUCGUUUAUUCUUCUUCUGGAUUACGGGCUUCUUCAGGGCCAGAAACAUCUCUUCCCUUCUACCACAGUCUAGUGCCCAGCACAGUACCAAGUGCUGAUGUUUGCUGAAUGAGUGAAUUGGAUCAGUGUUUCAAAAGCAGACUAUGAAUAGAACUACCCUAUGGUCCAGCAGUCCCAAUCCUAGGAUUAUACCCCAGAGACCUAAAAAUAAUGACAUGAACAGACAUAUGCACACCUGUGUUCAUUGCUACUUUAUUCACAAUAGCAAAUAAAUGGAAACAACAGAAGUGCCCAUCAACAGAUGAAUGGAUAAGCAAAUUGUUGUGCACACAUACAAUGGAAUACUACACAACCAUAAAGAACAAUGAUGAGCCCGCAAAACAUAACACGGAUAGACCUGGAGGGUAUAAUACUAAGUGAAAUAAGCCAAGUAUACAAGGACAAAUAUUGUAUGAUCCCUCUUUUAUAAAAAAACAAGAAUAGAUAUAUAGAGAGAGGCCAGUGUUCAUAGGUGGUUACCAGGGAGAGGAAGGAGGAAGGGAAAGUACACUUUAGAUCAUAGAGACUUGUUAUUUUUUGGUUUUUUUGGUGAUGGAAAAAGUGGCACCAAAUGUGGAUAUAGUGAGCACAGCACAGCCAAUGUAAAAACGGGGGUUUGAGCACAUAGGGAUGGGUAUAGGUAUAUUGGUAUAUGGGUAGGUACAGGUGUGUACAUAGGUGAGAACAGAUAGAAGUAUCUGUAGGUACAUGUAAAUACAAAUAUGUGGGUAUAGGCACAUAUUUUCAUUGAAGACAAAUAGAGAUACAUCACAGAAAUAACCAAAUACUUUCCAAGACUGGUUUUCUGGGUUUGAAAGCUUAGGACCAUAGUCUCAUGGAACAACUUAGUCAGUUGGCAUAGCAUAACUCACAAAAAUCAUGGUCUGCAUCCUAGCGAAGUGAGUAGCAUCUAAAGUCAUACGCUUGCGCACAGCCAUCUAAGACACAACUACAGGUCUCUAUUCAACAAGAGUAAAACAGUAAGAAAGUAACCAAAAGCUCAGAGAGGAAACAAGUCUGCACAAGCCACAAUCUUAUCUACCUUGGAACCAGAAGAACUAGAUGGUGCCCAGCUACCACCACUGACCAUUCUGACCUGGCUCACAAUAGAUGGUCCCAGACAGAAUGGGAGAAAAAAGUGGACCAGAACUCAAAUACUUAUUUAAAAAAAAAAAAAAGCCAAACAAAUUGGAUCAGUAGAGAAUAGAGGACUCCCUGAGGCUGUGGCCCUGAGACACUCUUUAAACAUAGAACCGAGACUAUCCCCUGAGAUUACCCUUUAGUGAAAUAGCAGAGUAGCACACAAAAUAAAGGAUAUUACCCAUAAGAUCAGUGCUCUUUUAAAAUCAUCAGCAUGAGACCAAAAGGUCAACAAUUACUCAAAAGCAAAGAUGAGAAGGUAAGGGGGCAGGGAAACUAGUGUACUAGAAAGGGGAUAAAUCUGAACACAAUUAAGAGAAUGUUGACACAUUGUGAUAAAUGUAACUAAUGUCACUGAACAGUUUGUGAUGAAAUUGUCGAAUGGGAACCUAACUUGCUGUGUAAAUUUUCACUGAAAAUGCAAUUAAAAAAAAAAAAACUAUGGUAUUAGGAGAAUUAGUGAAAAUUAAUUGA